AUGGAACUCACCGCUUUGGCUGACAUCAAACCAUUCAAGUCAGAAUGGCGUAUUCAAGUUAAGGUGCUCCAUACCUGGAAGCAUUACACAAAACUUUCAGGAGAAACAUUGGAAAUCAUUCUGUCUGAUGCACAUGGAACUAAAAUUCUUGCGUCCUGUAAGAAAACAUACUUUGAGAAGUUUGCAAAAAAAGUACAUGUUGGAAUGUGGAGAAACAUUGAAAAUUUCUCCAUCAAUGGCCCCGGUGUUUCCUACAGGCCUACCAAUCAUCAAUACAAGAUCAAUUUCAUCUAUGGAACUGAUAUCACUCCGUCAACCCUGCAAAACGACAGCAUGUUUCUCAGUUUGGUUGAUUUCCAGACUAUUCAACAGGGAGUAGAAGAUGAAAACAUCUUAAUUGAUGUUAUUGGAGAAGUGACGGAUUUGGGAUCUCUUGACACAGUUCUGUGUUCUGGUAAAGAAAGAAAGAAAAUUGAGUUCAGUUUGACAGACCUUCAAGGCCGUAGGAUUGCUUGCUGUCUAUGGGGAAAAUUUGCUGAAAGCAUUCAUGCUAAUUGCAAAGCAGUUGGUGGAGAUACUGUUAUCUGUCUCUUACGUUUUGUGAAAGUCGGCACCUAUAGAGAUGAGGUUCAAAUUUCAAAUUCAUAUGAUGCUUCUCAAAUAUUUUUCAACCCGCCAAUAAUGGAGAGUGAGGCCUUUUUGAAAAGGGAUGUUGCAUCCAAUGCUUUGACAUUGGUUGAAUCCGAACAAGACAAACUUGAAAGGGAGAUUAGACGCGAUAAAUGGAUGCAAUACCCAAUCAGAGACAUUGCAGAGCUACUAUCUUCAACUCAGAUUGAGCAAUGCAGAGUCAUUGCCACAAUUUAUGCAAUUGACAAGGAUUGGGGAUGGUACUAUUUUGGAUGCAAAGCUUGCAACAAAAAGGUCAACAAGAUUUCAACAAAAGUUCAAAUCGUCAAGGGGAAUGAGAUAACAACUCAUUUGUGGUGGUGUGAAAAGUGUGAUGAUAAAGUCACUAAAGUCUUGCCAAAGUUCAGGAUUCAUGUAUGGGUGAAAGAUGGUACUGGAGAAGCUUACCUAAUGUUACUUGACUGGAUUGCAGUCGGAGUUAUUCCUGAAACUGCUGCUGCCUUGCUCAACGGUUCAUUUGAGGAGCUACAAGAUAUUGAAUCUUUUCCUGAGGCCGUUACUGAUUUGGUUGGAAAGACUUUCAUGUUUGGUAUUUACAUUGAGAGUAACAAUGUUGCUAGCAAAGGUGGGAUGUAUAAAGUUGGUAAAGUAUGGAAAGAUCUAAGUAUGCUACUGACUGGUGGUAGCACCACCGAGUCAUGGACUCACUCUGAUGUGGGAACUUCUAAUUUAAGUGGUUCACAGACAAAGCUAAAGGAAAGCAGCCUCAAUGUUCUAAGAGGAUUCGAGCAAAUGCCUAGGAAUCUUUUACCAGCCUUCUCCAACUCAGACAGUGUCAAGCAACAUAAUGAGAACAUGUGGUCAACAUCUCAAGUGAACGAGUCAGAAAAAGAAGAUGACUUGGAAUCAUCUCUUGACCACAAUUUUACUGAUGAAGGUGAAGAUUAUAGUGAUCAGAGUUAUGAUGAUGUUAGUAGUGAAGAUAGUGAUUCACAUGAAGUAGGAUCUGAUAACACUGAAGAAAUAUCUGAUACAAGUCAUGUACCAGAUGAACAAAGGGCUAGGAUUUUGACUAUGGCCGAUAUAUUUAAAACCAUGUUUCAGGGAGGUCAAUCCUCAUCAACUACACCUCUGCCUAAACUAAACACUACACGUAAUUGA